CCAGGCCAAAACACAUAUAUCUAUGGUUGACUACCUACCUACCUAAGGUUUAUAUGUUAAUACGAGUCAGAUGUCAUGGAAAGGGAAAUGGAAAUGGAAAUGGAAAUGGAUGAAUUUAGAAGAAAUAUGCGCGUCAUUCAUUGAUUGGUCUUGUUUUUUUUUUUUUUUCGUGUGCCUGUGCUGUGCUAUGCUGUGCUUGGCCUUUUUAACUUGCCGUGCUAUCAUGAUGACUACAUGUCUAGGUAGGCGGGUACCUUAUUUUUAUUUCCAGGUUAUUUUCCUCUUAUGCUUUCGCACAUGUACGGUAGGGGGCUGAACUUGUCAAACGGGUCUGUACCUUAGGUACUAACCUAGGUAGGUAUUCACUCUAAUAGUUCGCGGCUUGAGAUGAGCUGGGAGCUAACCUAGAUACCUUGGAAAGCCUUGAUUGGGUAGGUACCUACCUACUUAUAGUACUAUGUAUAGGUAUUCAAUGUUUGUUUUAAAGUAGGUAUUGAUUGUAAGGAAGCUUGUCGAGUCGCCUUUCAACCGUAACCGUAACCGUAACUAGAACUCUAACUGUGAUUGUGACUGUAACUGUAACUGUCACAAAAGAAAAAACAUCUUUAGGUAGAUAGCUUAUAAGUUGAUCUGUUUAGGUAUAUUGAGUGGUGGGUGGAGGGUGAGGUUUGGAUGUCAUUAUACGAAGAAACACUGGAUGACUGGGUGCUUAGGGGUUUUUUUUUUUUUUUUUUUUUUUUU